CGCCCCUCGAGUGAACGCCAGAGAGUUUCUUGAUGGCGACAGGUCUGCUGAUGUGGCAGACAUUAAUGAUGAAAGCUAAGUAAAGUGACCUGCAGCCUGUUAACAAAGAAGAAACAGCAGAUCAUUGAAAGAAUGGACGAGUCCUUUGAUCCACUCAAGUGUAAUGAGGACCUGCCCUCCUCACCUGGGUGCCACAUGGAUUAUGAUGAUAUGCCAGAGCUGCAAGAGGUGGAGGAGGACCAGAGGUCUCCUGAGCUGUUCCAGGUUGGAGCAGGAGUGUCCCACCAGGAGCUCAGCUGUUCUCCCAGCACCAACUGGCUCGCUGAGUUGGCUAACAUUGCCACCAGUCCUCAGAGCCCAUUACUGAAGGAUGCCCCGCAUAAGAGAUCAUCUCCAGUCCACAUUUUUGGCAACAGUAAUAGUUUACAUUCCUAUGCCCGGCCUCCAUUAGCGAGCAGUGCACCCAACCCCUCCAGAGGACACCUCAGGGAGCGUAGGCGUGUCCGGGCCAGCAGUGAAUCCGAAUCUGGAGUUUUCUCAAUGUCUUCAUCGUUUUCUGAUGAUGAAGACAUGGCCUGGUCACACUCCUGGCCUUCUACAGCCUGGCAUUGCUUCCUUAAAGGAACUCGCCUGCGCUUCCAUCGAGGUCCUAAUGUGGAGUGGCAGGAAGCAGAUGAACUUGGCGAUUCUGAUGAUGACUCAGACGAUGAAACCAUGAUGCCAUCCUCCUCCUCUUUGAAGAGAUAUGGUUCUGAGGGGCUGAAGUUGGUGAGCCAUGAGGACACCAUAUCUUUUGGCCAGGCAGUUCUGAAACUGACCUUUGACCCUGGCUCCCCUGAUGACAGCCUUUUGACAGCCGAGUGUCGACUGGAUCACCCAUUUUUUGUGAAAAAUAAAGGGUGGUCCUCCUUUUAUCCGAGCCUUACUGUGGUGCACCAUGGGAUCCCGUGUUAUGAGAUGCAGCUUGGUGACAUAUGCCUGCCACCAAACCACCCAGAUGCCAUAAACUGUGAUGACUCUGUUGUCUUUGAUACUUUCAGAAGUUAUGACUUUACCCCACUGGAUUCCUCAGCAGUGUAUGUGCUCAGCAGUAUGGCUCGUCAGCGCAGGACCUCCCUGUCCAGCGGAGGUGCCGUCAGUCCAGACUGUGAUAAACUUGAACGCUCCAGCUCCCCACAAUCUUCUAGUAGCAAAUCAGGCAGGAGCCACACCUCAGGGACAGCCAGCAGUGCCACACCCACAAAGUGCAAGCGGCCAAUGAAUGCCUUCAUGCUCUUCGCCAAGAAGUACCGAGUGGAAUACACACAGAUGUAUCCUGGAAAAGACAACAGAGCCAUUAGUGUCAUCCUGGGUGACAAGUGGAAGAAGAUGAAGAACGAGGAGAGGAGGAUGUACACCAUGGAGGCCAAGGCUCUCGCUGAGGAGCAGAAAAGGCUCAAUCCAGACUGCUGGAAGCGUAAAAGAACCAACUCAGGUUCCCAGCAGACCUAGAUAAUCCCCCAGAAUCCCCAGCUGCUGAUGUUUGAUGUAGAGAGGUGCUGGACAGAGUCUGAUGGACCGCUUGAUGCCUCUUUGCUCUCCUGUAUUCUUGAGACUCGACUGUGAUGCUGAUUUCACUUGCUUUUUGUAACCUUGAAACAUUAUAGAGACAAACCAGUAAGAAAAAAAAAAAGAAUUAUGAACUAUAAGCAAAAACAUGUAAUCUAGUCACUAACCAUGCAUAUAUUUUCUUAUAUCUUUUCAUGUCAAAGACGUCUUAUUCCCCUGAAAUAAGAAUGAAUCUCGUCAUGUAUUUCAGGUUAUUUCAUAUUCAAGGUUGAAAAAUAAGAGCCUGUGGUGCUAAUGCUUCGGUGUAGAAGGAGCAGAAAACAAUAUUUAUAAUUGUAAAAAGGGGAAUUUUAGAUAACUUUUUACACAUCUGUCCGAAUCGAUUAUAUUUGUAAGAUUCAGUAUAUUGCAGAGAUCGGUAACCCUUUCAUACAUUUUGUAAUACAGUAUAUAUUCUGCAGCUGAACUAUGGCCAACAGUUUGUGAUAUUGUCUUUUGACUGUUAAUGCUCAGCCACCUGGCCAUAUGAUGAGAAGGCUUGCAGCAUGUGGUGGUGGGUUUACACUCAGUCACAAAGCACUUCAGGCCUUCACUGUAAGUGUUUAUUUCUAUUGCACUUUAUAUAAAUAUGUAAUCUAAUAUACAGCCAUUGUAUACUGGUGGAAACCAUUUGUAUAAUACAGCUAGUAUCUUCUUAGUUAGCCGUUUUUGACACAACCAUGGCCCUAAGGUCGUGUUCUGCUUUCAGGUUUGCUAUUGAAUUUUAAGUGCUUUGUUCAUAAUGUACAGGUUUCACAGCCCCAACAACCUCUUGCACAAAAAAAUACCCUUGUAUCAUAUUAUAAAUACUUUUUUAACUUGCAUCUUAUCCAAGUGUUUGGCUCUUUUUCAUAAACUGUAGUUCUGUAAUCAUGCCUUGUGGGGAUGCUUGGCUUUGUGUUUAAAUACAUUUUAACCAGUUUUUUUUGCCUGUUCUUUGUUUUGAAUAAUCAGAAGCGAGUGUCCUUGAAUCACACGCGGGCUAAAUUUAUCUCAAGCUUUAAGAGUUAUCCACUGAUCUACACAUCCUAUGAGUAAAGCCUGAUGUUUCCAGGUAA